AUGUCCAUCACAACAUCUCCUCUGCUCGUGUGCCUACUGCUGCUGCUGUCGCUGACCUGGCUGACCUCGGGGGUGACCGGCGAUGACGCGGCUGUAUUCCUGCGCGCCGGCACCAGUCUCUCCUUGCCAGACGGCUCUGCGGCUCCGCACUCGGCCGUGUGGGCCGGCUCCUUGGCCACGUGCGCCCUCGCCUGUGUGGCCGUUCACUCGCGGCUCUGCCGAGGGGUGACGUUCAGCGCUGCAGAGAGGAGCUGUCUGAUGCAUACUGCGUGCACUGAACGGAAGUUGAUCGUCGAGCCGGUGAACAGUAGUGGAAGAGUCAGCUACCGUCAACUCUACCCCAGAUGUACAGGUUCAUGUGACUGUCCUCCCGGAUUCGUGCUGUGCGCCGGCCACUGCCUGCUGGGUCUGGAAGAACGGACCAACUACACAACAGCAGCCGUUAGGUGCGAGACACUGGGCGCCCACCUGGCCGUGCCCCGCUCUGACCCCGAGAUGAACUGCAUCAUCCAGAGAAUUAACCCCAAAAAUAAAACGCUCUUUUGGCUGGGCGUCAACGACGUGGAAACGGAAGGAGAGUUUGUGGGUAUCGAUGGCUGCGGAACGGUCACCACUUCCUCCCAAUGGUGGGCGAAGGAUGAGCCGAACCGUGGCACGAAGGAAAACUACGUCAUUGCCGGCAUUAGCGGCUGCUUUGACACUGGACCUAAGAUAAUGAAACCGCCUAUGUGCCAGCUCGCUGACUGCUACAAGCCGCAGUGUCUGUAAGGAUAUGCGUAUUAGUGGUAGUAGCGGCUCAGAGAAGUCCAGAUAGUAGAAUGGCACGUGUUUCUGCCUCCUUGUCACUCCUGUGUUAUUCUUAUGAAGCUAGGCGAGCUAGGCAAUUCUAGGCAUUGAUGGUGUGAAUGCGAUGCUCUAUCCGAGGCUGUAUCCGAGGCUGCAAUAUAUGGGAGGUAGCAAACGA